ACAGAGGGUUGUCGCUACUUACCACAAGCACAAAGUCAAAAUUGGCUAUUAUCGUAAAACUGAAAACAAAAAUUUGCUUUUUGGUCUUAAUUUAAGGUUAGGUUUAGUCAUCAGGUCAGCAGUGUGCUUAAGGUUAGGGUUAGGUUUAAAAUCAGAUUUUAAGAAGAUAAUUUGUUUAAAAAAAUAGGCGGGGUUUAGCAAUAAUUAUGACCUUGUGGCUUUGGUAACUAGUGACUACCGUAUGGGUUUGACAGAUCGUGGAGCGGAGCGGAGCUGACUGAUGGAAAACCAAAGAAACUAUGGGAAUAACAAGCCCUUCUCCAUUCGACCAACCUUCAGGAUAUGCAACGAAUGAACAAAUAGGCGACAAAGCUAGUAACAUUUUAAUUUAAACAUGUCCCACCUCUAGUUUGUCAAGUAGAAGAAGCGGGGAAAAGUAGAAAGGUGAUGCUGCUGAACAGAAAUAAUGUUCCCGUGUUUUCGACGUUAAUGAACGUGGAAUAGAGCAGGCGAGGAACACAUCAUCAGGCGAAAGUCGGACUGUCCAGGAUCCAACUAGCUCAGCUAUCUAGCUACUGCUUGGAUCAAUUGUUUGCAUGCAACAAAGCAGGGCGGGAAUGGUGGCGCCAUGACCGAGGGUGGCUGAGAGUCAGGGGAGAAGCCACACAGCGCCAUGGAGGGCACCAGGGCCGCCAUCUUGGCGCCGGUCAGAAGCGACGCCCCUCGGCGGGAUCGGAAGCGGCGUGUCGGGGGUCCGGUAAGGAAGGGGGGGGUCUGCCAGAACAGGACCACCUCCCCACAUGGGGAGCGCACCUCGGACGGCGAGAAGGAGCCGGAGUCAGCCUUGAAGGAACUGAAACCACGCCCGCUGCUGAAGGGGCUGGGUAAAUGGGAGACUGAGGGGGAGCGAGGAGCGGAGGUGUCACCUGAGGGGGAGGAUGGCCUUUGCUCCUGGGACAUGGACUCUCAGGACGACGAGGCGCAGCAGCAGGAGAAAGAGGAGGAGAACCAGAAACAGAAGAAGGGGAGUAGUAACAGCCCUGCCCCCUCCAGCAGCUGCACAGAUCUGUCCCAGACGUCGUCUCCAUCGCUGUCGGACCAGCUCUUCCUGGGUCGAGAGGAAGGGACUGGGGCCGGGAUCAACGUGGAAUGUCGGAUCUGUGGAGACAAAGCCUCGGGGUUCCACUACGGAGUACACGCCUGUGAAGGCUGCAAGGGGUUUUUCCGGCGGACCAUCCGUAUGAAGCUGGAGUAUGAGCGCUGUGAGCGCAGCUGUAAGAUCCAGAAGAAGAGCAGGAACAAGUGCCAGUACUGUCGCUUCCAGAAGUGCCUGCUGCUAGGCAUGUCCCAUGAUGCGAUCCGGUACGGCCGCAUGCCGGAGGCGGAGAAGAGAAAGCUGGUGGCGGGCCUCCUGGCGGGAGAUACGACUCCGACCACCAACCCCAACGGCUCGGACCUCAAAUCCCUGGCCAAGCAGGUCAACAACGCCUACCUAAAGAACCUCAACAUGACCAAGAAGAAGGCUCGCAGCAUCCUCACCGGCAAGAACAGCGCCAGCCCGGUAGCGUAUCCAUAUCCCUUUGUGAUCCACGACAUGGACUCGUUGCACCAGGCUGAGAAUGGGCUGGUGUGGAACCAGCUGAUCAACGGGACGCCGCCCAACAAGGAGAUAGGGGUGCACGUGUUCUACCGCUGCCAAUGCACCACGGUGGAGACGGUCAGGGAGCUCACGGAGUUCGCCAAGAGCAUCCCCGGCUUUGUAGACCUCUUCCUCAACGACCAGGUAACGCUGUUGAAAUACGGCGUGCACGAGGCCAUCUUCGCCAUGCUUCCCUCGCUCAUGAACAAGGAUGGGCUGCUGGUGGCCAACGGGAAGGGCUUUGUGACCCGGGAGUUCCUGCGCAGCCUGCGGCGGCCUUUUAGCGAGAUCAUGGAGCCCAAGUUUGAGUUUGCCGUUAAGUUCAAUGCCCUGGAGCUGGAUGACAGUGACCUGGCCCUGUUUGUGGCCGCCAUCAUCCUCUGUGGAGACCGUCCGGGGCUGAUGAACAUCAAGCAGGUGGAGGAGAUUCAGGACAGCAUCCUGCAGGCCCUGGACCAGCACCUGCUGGGCAACCACGCUGACUCACAUUACCUCUUCCCCAAGCUGCUCAACAAGAUGGCCGACCUGCGCCAGUUGGUCACAGAGAACGCCAUACUGGUCCAGAAGAUUAAGAAGACUGAGUCAGAGACCUCACUUCACCCGCUGCUGCAGGAGAUCUACAAGGACAUGUACUGACUGGACUGAACUGGACCGCACUGGUUUUAGCUUCCUAGAACAGCGGUGGUGUUCACUCACUCCUUUCCUGUGAGUGGGAGUCACGGGUGCAUGUUUUUAUUCCAGCCCAGAACUAACACACCCGACUCAACUCCUCAGCCAAUCAAUCACGACCUUGAUCAGUUGUCAAGUGUGUCAGCGUUUUAUUCUAACGUUUUUAAUAAAAGCAUGAGGAAAACGGAUACCUGAAUUGGCAAUGUGCAGACUGGGGGGAGUAAUGACUAUGAAUAUAGCUGCACACUCUUGUUCCGAUGCAAUUGAUUUAUAAAGAAUCACCAUAGUUUGGGCAGCAAGCUGCCUUCAUCAGGGUCUCUUGACUGUCUCUGGACUGGAUGGAAUGACAUAUUUAGAACAUAUACUGAUUGGGAAUGGAGCAAUGGACUAAUGGGAGAUAUACAAAGUAACACACUCUACCACAUAUUAAACAUGUGUGGAAAUGGUUGGGUGUCCCAAAUAUAAGCUGAUUUUGAGCUGUUUCAAGACAUAAUCGAUGCAGUUGUAUAGCAGGCUUUUAACUGUGGUUGGACAGGACUGACAGUUGACAGGCUUGUAGUGUCCUGCUCUCAACGUGGUGACGGUGCAGAGGUAUUCCAGGAGAAUAGCAAACAGCUCCCCAACCAACGCCACAACAAAACCAAGACUCCUCAUUUUCCCCAUCUAUUUUUCGACCGAUGAUCUGCGUUGCUAUUUUUAUACAACAGAUUUUUGUAGUCUCUCCCAAUCGCGAGUGUUUUUUACAACGGUCAACCCAUUCUUAACCCUGCAAUUCAGGGUUAUCACCAGACUGUUCUGCCAUUGUUGUUUGUGCUACAAACUCUCUGAGAGGUCGUGAUGCUGAUAUUCAGAAAAAUGCUGGUUCUGCUUGCCUGUACAAAUAAGAGGGUCGUCGGCAACCAUGGGUGUCCCCUUUCCCAUUCCUAAGGCCCUUACACUGGUAUAAGCUAACACCAAACCCCCUUAACUCUCCUUUCCUCAUAUGGAUACCUUCAGUACAAAUUCACACUCGUAAACCUCCCAAUUAUCUGCCAAUCAUAGAACGGAUUUGAUUGAUAACUCACAACCCCCCUUCCAUGUCACUCCCCCAGAGACUGUGUCUGAUAGUAGGAGCAGUUAAUAUUUGUAGAUACCCCCCCUCCUCCUGUUAGACCAGGAAGCACAUGGACAUACUCAGUCAGUCUCACUUCUCAAUGGACACAUACAUUUAUAGAUUCUUACAACCUCCUAACCUCAAUACCUUUUGUUUUCUUUUGUGUACAACUGUUGGGUCUAAAACCAUGGGGCGAUUCUGUGUUGUCACACUGUGAAGGUUAACCUGACCACAGGGUCUGUGUAAGAUGUCUCCGUGCAUGAUUUUACUUAUAUGUUUAAGUUAGAUUACUUAAUUAUGUAUAAUUGGAAGUAUUAUUUGUAUGUAUUCUUUCAGCCAGGCGGUGUUCUGUAACCUGCGCACUGUCGAUAAGCCAAACUCUGAAGCCGGUCGCAUGCUUUCCAGUCGAAACAGUUCACGCAUAUACACUUUUGACCGGUAGUGUAUUACGACAAACUUUAUUGACGGUUUUGUUUGUUUUGUUGUUCGGUAGGGUUUUUUCCGGCUGUUCCCACACACAUUUUUUCUUGAGGCAAGUCUAAGUUCGGUAGCCGACGCGUACGCCCCUUCAUCGGUGAUAGGUCAACAGUAGGGGUGGGAACUAUGAACGGGAUUGUUAAAUGAAGUGUUUGCUGUCAUUCAACGAGAGCACAGCAGCAGCUUAUUGUCUGCACUGCACUACUAGUUUUCAUGCACAUUAUUUCACUUGAAGUACUGCACCAAACAUCUUAGUCGUGCAAUUCUACAUCUAAGACCUCCUCGGCAAAAACUUCAAUUUUCUAUUUUGAAGAAGUGUUACUGGCUAUGCUGCUAUGGUGGCUCAAGAGGAAUAAAUAACAGUAAUAUUGCUGCUUUUUUUCUCUUUUUUCAAGAGAAGGACUUAAGGGAGUAUGCGAGCACAAACAUUCGCUUCGCCUAGCCGAGUUCUGCUAGGAGCAAACCGAACCUAUGUAUGCGGAUGCCUUAACAGUACAUUUCUCAUAUGAUGAGCUUCCCUCUCUUUCCUUCUUUCCCUCUCUUCUCAUUCUUCCGCAGAGUAUGGUGCGAAGGAUUUGGCCAACUAUCGGUCACUCGCACAGUCUAACUUCAGACAGGGAAUGAACCAUUUUGUAAUACUUAGAGAAAAAUGGAUCCUCCUCCUUUAGUUGCUUCGCUCCUCCUUUCCCUCUUUCACUUCCUCACUGGUCUGAAAGGCCUGAUCAAGUGAAAUCAAUACAGCAAAGACUUCUGUAGAACUUCCACCAUAUAGACUUUACCUAUCCAUUUAUUUUAGAUCAGUGAUCAACUGAAGGGAGUUGAAAUGCAUGCCAACGGUUAAGACAUCACUGCUAGAAAUAUAUUGACUUGAUCUAUUGCUCUGGACAAACCAUCAGAAUUCUGAAGCUGUUGGAGUUCUUAGAUGCAGGGGGACCAAUCUAUUUUGCCAUGAGAGGAAAUUGGUUUAUCCUCAUUCUUUAGGUCAACCAAUUAUGGUAACUGAUGAAAUACUGCAUUUCCUACAUAGCAAUUAUUUAAGUGAUAUGCAAAUCAAUGUAUGUUUCUAUUUUUAUUAUUUUCUAUAUUGUGACAUAGAAUUACUGCAAAAAUGUUUGUAUUAGUGGAGGACAUAUGUGACUCCUUGCCUAUACAGUAGAUGGGUUGCCAAAUUGUUACAUAGAUAUCUCUUGAAUAAGCGCUUCAGCUGUCUAUUUCAGCUCACAGGAAGUUGCUCAAGCACAACUCAUUGAUCUGAUGCUGAUGACCUACAGCAGAAAUGUUCACACAAUGCUGCAUUGGCCAUGUUCUGUUGCCAAGUUGAGGAUGAUGAUGAUGAAGUGAAAAGUGUUCAACCACCUGAUCUGGUUACAGUACUCUGUAUCCACUUGGAGUCAGUGUACCCUGGGGGGGGGGGUCGUUUUUCCCCCUGUGCGCACCUUUUUCUUCAUCUAACAAGUCUUCCUUUCUCUCAGUAUGAAUAUUCUUCUAUUUUUUUCUGCUUUUUGUCUGAUGCCCCUGGUGUCACAGACCACCUGUGGUUAUUAUUAAACAUGUAUUGUCACUUUUGUGUCAGUAAACUUUUAGCGAUAUGGUUUGGUGCUGUACUGUUCUAAGUUACUGUCCAUGCUCUUUUCUGACUUCUCGCAGUCAAAUGACUAUGCCGCCCCCUCUGAAUUCCCUUAACUUGCAGCACUGUUACCUAACUAAAGAAGUUGUCAAUUAAAAACCCUUCUCCUUGUUGUGUUUCAGUUUUUGUUUUUACAUUUCCUUGUUACUUUUCAGUUACUGAAUAGAACUUGUUACAAUGAAAUGUCAGCAAAGUAUUACUGCUGCACAACAUAUUUUCCAGGAGCAAGAAGCUAAAAAAUAUAUUGGAAUCUCAAUGGUUGACUGAAUUUAUUUCCCCAUAAAAUGUAUGAGCACAACAACUAGCACAGGUCUGAAAUAUUCUACCGUCUACAACCGCAAACUGCAUUUCCUCCGUGUAAACACCUGGUGUUAACUGUCUGAUGGAUAGGAUUUCUACCUUCUGUACAGAACUUCCUACAAAUGGUUGAAUAAAACAUUGAGUAAUACUUUU